AUGUUCCUCUCACCUCUGCGCUUCGUCUGCCGGUUGCUGAACAUCCGGCCGGGUUCUGCCCUCCUCUUUUGGUUGCUGGGCCUGGCCUUGCGCCCGUUGCCCCUCUCGGGCCAGAAGCCUGAAGACAAGUACCCCAUGGUACCCACCAAUUACGGCAAGCUGCGUGGCAUCAAGAAAGGCCUGAACAACGAGAUCCUCGGCCCCGUGGUACAGUACCUUGGCAUCCCCUACGCCACGCCGCCCGUCGGUGAGCGCCGCUUCCAGCCGCCUGAGGCACCAGCUUCCUGGUCCGAGGUGCGCAAUGCCACGACGUUCGCCCCGGUGUGCCCGCAGAACAUCCAUGGUAUGCUACCCGCCAUCAUGCUGCCGGUUUGGUUCACCGACAACCUGGAGAUCGUGGCCGGCUACGUCCAGAACCAGAGUGAAGACUGCCUGUACCUGAACGUCUACGUCCCCAUGGAGGAUGGUCCACUCACAAAAAAGCAUGAGGAAGCAUCAGCUAACAAUCCCACUCCAGACGAAGAUAUCCGAGACAGUGGGAAAAAACCCGUCAUGCUGUUCAUCCAUGGUGGAUCGUACAUGGAAGGCACCGGAAACAUGUUUGAUGGCAGUGUGCUGGCUGCGUAUGGAAAUGUGAUUGUUGUCACCCUGAACUACCGGCUCGGCGUGCUGGGGUUCAUGAGCACCGCCGACCAGUCGGCCAAGGGGAACUACGGCCUCCUCGACCAGAUCCAGGCCUUGAGGUGGCUGAACGAGAACAUUGGUCAUUUCGGGGGCGACCCGGAGCGCAUCACCAUCUUUGGAUCUGGCGCUGGGGCCUCCUGCAUCAACCUGCUCAUCCUCUCCCAUCACUCGGAAGGUUUAUUCCAGAAAGCCAUUGCUCAGAGCGGCACCGCCAUCUCCAGUUGGUCCGUCAACUAUCAGCCGCUCAAGUACACCCAGAUGUUGGCCUCCAAGGUUGGCUGCGACCACCUGGACACUGGGAGUACGGUGGAAUGCCUACGGCAGAAACCUUACCGAGAGCUGGUGGAACAGGACAUCCAGCCUGCCCGCUACCACAUCGCUUUCGGCCCCGUGGUGGAUGGCGAUGUGGUCCCCGAUGACCCGGAGAUCCUGAUGCAGCAAGGCGAGUUCCUCAAUUACGACAUCCUGAUCGGGGUCAACCAAGGGGAGGGCUUGAAGUUCGUGGAGGACUCCAUGGAGAAUGAGGAUGGCAUCUCGGCGAGCUACUUCGACUUCACCAUCUCCAACUUUGUGGACAACCUGUACGGGUACCCGGAGGGCAAGGACAUCUUGCGGGAGACCAUCAAGUUCAUGUACACUGACUGGGCCGAUCGUGACAAUGGCGAGAUGCGCCGCAAGACUCUGCUGGCGCUUUUCACUGACCACCAGUGGGUGGCGCCUACCGUGGCCACCGCCAAGCUCCAUGCCGAGUACCAGUCUCCCGUCUACUUCUACACCUUCUACCAUCACUGCCAGACGGAUACGCGGCCCGAGUGGGCUGAUGCGGCCCACGGGGACGAGAUCCCCUAUGUUUUCGGUGUGCCCAUGGUAGGGGCCAUGGACCUCUUCCCUUGCAACUUCUCCAAGAACGACGUAAUGUUGAGCGCUGUGGUUAUGACCUACUGGACCAAUUUUGCGAAGACAGG